AUGGCGAGCGUCGCGAGCGCCCCCCCUCGCGCUUUUACACCACCCGGGGGCAAGGUCCGCAUGACCCUCGACGGUAUCGAUCCGGUACAGUUCCUCCUCGUCGGGGUCGACCCUGUGGUGGGGAUGACCCUUGACGAUGCCGUGCUCACGGCAGCCCUGGUUCAAGACCGCGGCAUCUUCCGGCGAGAUCUUCUAGUUGCCUCCCCCACCCUUGUAACUUUCCCGGCGGCCCCAGGGCCGGCGGAGAAGGCUGAGCUCGCGGACGCGCGCGGCUAG